ACCGCUGUUCAAACAGGAGACAUGGGACUGUGGAGACGCCGAGGGGGUGGGGGGACUCUUCAUCACAACAACUCAAACCAAAGGAGGGAAGCCAUAUCCAGCUCAAGACGCUGAAUGGAGCCUUUACUUUUUCAACUUUAUCUGUCAUUUCUACACAGUGAAGGACCGGAAGUGAAACAACUUAAAUGACAACUGAAGUUAUCCGUGCAUUUUUGAUACCUAGGGCAAAGUGCCACACCUUCGCUUAGCGCAACAGACGUGACCACAUUCGGACGAGAAGUUGGAGCUAACUAGCUUGGUUGCUCCACAACACAGCUGGCCAAAUGGGUUGCCAAUGCUGCAGGAUGAUCAAAAGCUACAUCUAUGACCCCUCUGUGGCGGUGGAUGUGAGGAAGACUGACUCCGCAGGCGCCUCGCUCUACCAGCCCCAAUACCUCUCAGAUGCGGCCCCCAGCAACGACCCGCUCAGCAGCCACAACAAGCAGAAGCAGGGCUUCCGCAACAUGGGCUACAGCAAGUCCAAUGACAGCACACUAAAACUAGAGGUGGACAACAACCAUGUCAACCGCAGGCUGCACGCCGCACCCUCAGCCAAUGAGGUGCACAGGCAGGGGAGCGAACCACUUCCAGAGGUGUACAUCAUCCAGCCAGAAGCUCUGGCACCGAGAUGGGGGAUGCAGGAAAAAGGCCCGAGCCAGGUGCCCAUUUACCCCAACAUAAACAAGUACGAGAACCAGACAAGUUAUGGUGAGCAGGAUUACCGUGCGACAGCGAUUGGAUGGGACAGCUCCAUCACUCAGUGUGUGACUGGCAACGAAAGCCUGUCAGCGGACGAGGUGGACGAGGGCGUGGGAGGGACGCCCGAGUAUCUGUGCGACACGGGCGACGAGGGUAGCGUCCUGUCAGUGGACAUCCACACCAGCACCACCAGCCUGUCCUCAGCAGACACCAGGGACGAGCUCAGACUGCCAAAGACUCUGGACGUUUCCACUGUUGAAAGCGGGAUCUCGGUGAUGAAGAGCGAGGAUGAAGAGGAGGCGAGGGACAAGAAGGAGGAGGUGCAGAGCGUCACAGACUCGAUGGUGGCGGAGGCUCUUGCUGCUUUGGAGGCCGCCACCGCUGGGGAGGACUGUGAGUGACAGACCUCUGCGCUGCCUCUUGCUCGUCACCCAAAAACUUGUGACUUGAUGGAGCAUUCAAAACCACCAUGAAACUUUGCCACGGUUCUGAACAACACCCCUUUUGUUUGGAACAAAUGAAGGAAAACUGUGUUUACAACAAAAAAGUACAGAUUUAUUUUUGAACUCAAAGUCUUGGAUAUUUUUUUAUUUUGCUCACACAGACAGAAGAUAAUGUCUGCCUUGUGAAGGAGGCGACUUUUCCAAUGCUGCAAGGUUUGUGUAAAGCCACAAAUGAAGAGACAUCAGUUUGUAGACUGUGACUAUCACCUUCGGUCUUAUCAACCCGUUAGCCCUUUUGAAUCUAGUGUAUUUAACACUCCACCGCCCUUAUAUGCCUGUACAAGCUCACACACUGCUUUGCCACGUCCAUACUUCCCUUGUACAGGUGCUAGUAAAAACAAACACGUUGCUUUUAUCACACUUUUGCCUCAUUUCGGGGCAAAGCUAUGCUUAUUGCUAGCAUAGAAUCAAUAUGUCCAUUGUGAACACACAGUCCUUGCCAUAACUCCCUGUAUCUUCAGGAAUCUCACCCUCGUUUCACUGAGAGGGUGAAAAACAAAAGGUCAUCGCAUAUUUUUUAUACACUACCCAUGUUUUUUGUUUGUUCUCUUGUUAUUUAUAAUAUCUUUACUCGCAUCGCUGUUGAUUUAUUGUGAGUAGAGACUGGACGUUGCUAUAGUCUGAAGCAGAGCAGUGAGAGAGGGAGGAUGAGAAGCGAUCCUUAUUUAUAGCUUAUUGUGUUGAUUUCAUCAGAAUAAAACAAAAUGAAUGAUGUAUGUAGAAAAUUAGUUUACACACUGUUCUUACAUCAUCAGACACAUGUACACUGACAAUUCUCACUGUUUAUUUUGUUAAUUCAUGUAAUUUAUCAGAAGAUCUAUGCACACUUGAAAUCUUGAGCAGGUUACCAAAGGAUAAAAAAGAAAACAUGUACAUGUCACUAAUAUCGCCUUAGUUUCUGCAGCCUUUCAACCUUAACCAAACUUUGAGCUUGACAAGAACAGCUAAGGCCAAAUCUUUGCUGAAUAAAGGGGCCAUCAAUUCACCCUACUAGCUCUGUUUUUCUUCUUCUAUUUUACUGGUCAGGCUAUGUGUUUCUGUCUCAAAAUAUGUUUUAUUGAGCCAAAGAUUAUACAUACAGUAUAUUGUUGUGUCAGUGCUCAUUUUCAAUUAUGUGAAAGAUUUAUAAAAUGAUGUUCAUGCACAUGUAAAGGCUAUAGGAUCGUAUUUUGGGAUCGGAACAAUAUUAAAAAUAAGCAAAUUAAAAAGAGAAAGGAACAUUUUCAAAAUAAAGGAAAUGUAUUUUUUAUUUUUGAAUGACAGGGUACCCAGUAAAAUAGACAUAAAAUAAAUGUAAAUCUAAGAAUAGGAAAAUAAGUCAGAUAAGGCAGUCUAGGAGCAUUAAUUUCCUGCCUUUAUCUUCCCCCUUAGUCUUCCUUAUCUUCCUAAACCUCUCCUGUUUCCCUGUCCCCUCUCGCACUCAUUUACUCAUUAAAUAGAGUUAAAGUGCAAAAAUAUAGACAACAACUCAGGAACUUCUAUGUGCAAGGCGUGAUAUGAGUGGUUGCCAAAAAUCGUAUUAUAUUGUGGUAGUCUGCCCUUUUCGAACAUAACUUAUUCUUCCCAGAUGUAUUGUGUUGGUUAGAUCACGUAGCCACAUUUUGGAGGAGGGACGCCGUUGUUUCUUUCCACGAUUGUAAGUAGUAGUUUUUAGUUUCUGCUGUGAGGACAAAUUGUUGUUGGGCUGUGGUAAAGUCUUCUUAAAGCUUCAGACACACCAAGAAGAAUGCAAAAAUGCUCGGGUUCUAGUGGUGUAUUAAUAAUUUCUGAGAUGUUGUUGAAGAUAUCAGGCCAAAAAGCGGCAACUAGUAUACACCUAUAGUACAGCGCUAUAAAAAAAGAGUUGCUUCUGAGGAAUGGCAUUUAUCACACAUGGUUGAUAUGUUUGGAUGUAUGCUUUGUAUUUUUUACCCCGGAGUAAUGGAGUCUAUGUAGCAUUUUAAAUUGUAUAAAACAGUGUCUGUCUUUGUUUGAGACUUUGUGUUCGAGACUUUCUUCCCAUAUGUAAUCUGGUAAUCUUGAAUACUCAUUUCUUUUUUCCAGCUGGUCUUAAAACUUUCAGAAGAUGGCGAGGUGGUAGGGUGCCCUACAGGCAGGAGAUUAAAUUGUCUUGUUGACGUUUUAAGGCAGUUGUCUGUUGUUGAUUGUCUUUCAAUUUCCAAUCCUAUUAAAUAUUAAUUUGAAAUACCGAAAAAAAAAAAAAAGACAUUUCUUUUGCAGUUGUGUGAAGGAGCACUUUCGCGGUCUUUGACACUGUGGAUUCCUGAGUAAUCUCUUAAAGAAUGACUUUGUCAGAAAAAUAGGGAUGUUAUGAAUUAGUUAUAAUAUUUGAGGAACUCUUAAUGGUGUUCUCUUUGUCGAGUAGUGGGAUAGGGAGUUUUCCAGAGCUGAAUUUUACUUUUUAAUUUGUCCACUAGGAAGGGUGGAAGUUGGCCCGCAGAAGAGAGAGAAGUGUUGUUUCAUAAUCUCAACAUCUAGACAAGUGAUUUUUUUUCGUCCUUAAAUGGACAGUGUUGUGCGGUAUUUGGAGGGAUUGAAUGGAUCAAUAUAAUUUUAUUCCCAUUAAUACUGUACCUUGAAAAUGUUCCAAAUAGGUUAAUUCUUGGUUUGUGGAUUUGUUAUGUCCAGGAGUAUAUCAUCUGCAUACAGGCUGUAUGGCCUGUGACGUUAGUUCGACUACUCCGUAGAUUGCUUAUGUGCCUAAUAACAAACUAAUUGAGGCCAGACGGUGCAGAGGAAAUUACACGUGUUUUUUUAAAGAGUGUGUUAAUGAUAAAUAAGGUGUUUUAUUCAAUGAAGUUUUAAACUUGUUUCACUGCAACUCCCCUUUUCUUUGUUUUUUUUGCCUGCCAAAUCAUUUCUACUUAUUUUAUUUGUAUCAUAAAAUAAAGGAAUAUACUUUAAAAAUUGGAAAA